AUGGCUGGUGAGGAUACGAAGCGUGCCUCGAAGCACAAACAUCGCCACGACUCGGACGACCGCGAACACAAGAGCAAGCGCAGGCACCGCGACAAGGCCGACAAGGAGAGCAGUAGGAAGCGGUCGCGCAAGGACGAUGGCAGCCACCUGCACAUUGUGGACGAUGACGCGAACGACGAGGACAUGUGGGUGGAGAAGAACAUAGACAUGGAUGGCGAAAAGCCCAUUGCGGCGGACAUACCAAGUGUGAAGGACCUGAAGCUUACGAGCCGUGCGGAGGAGCGUGUCGGCGACCCGCCCCUUCCCCCGCCUUUGCGCACGGAGACGGUGCUGAAGAGGGAUGACUGGAUGCUACUGGACCCCACAACACCUCCGGUAUCAGAAGCCAGGUCGUCGCGCCCCGUAGGUUCUAAUGACGAAGACAUGGCGGACGGUUAUGGGGAGCCCUCCCAGAACGCGCGGACCACGAGCGGUGCAGUGGACUUCUUCGCGAGUUUGGGGACGGACGUGGUGAAGAAGAAGAAACCAGAGCCGGACCGUCCUAACCCUGACCAGUCAUUUAUCAGCCACUUGGAGCUCAACACCGCUCUCAAGGAGGGCAAGAGCGUGGACGACAUUCCUGACGCUGCGCCCAAGGCUGUCGUUGCCGGCGGCCCCGGCUCGCAAUGGCGCAUGAUGAAGCUGAGACGGGUUUAUGAGACCGCCGAAGAAGAGGGCAAGCCCGUCCAAGAGGUCGCCAUUGAUCGCUUUGGCACGCUCGAGGCAUUCGAGGAGGCGCAGGAGGAGCGACGCAUACUCGACGAGCGCGAGGGUCGACGAGCAUCCCGUGGAGGAGAGCGCAGAGGGAAGGGAAAGGAGCGCGAAGGAGAGCGGCGACUCAUGUUUAACGAUUUCACUCCUAGUGGGGGGACGAGCCGUAGCUCAUCCUUCCGCCGGCCAGACUUCGACCGGAGCGGACCACCCACACCAGGGGCAGGGGACGCAAAACGACUUGAACCGUCGCGGUUAGGCCAAACCACCGGCCCUCGUCUUGCGCAGUCACGCGCACCGAUUCCGUCUACUGUCACCCCGACGCUGACGGCGACCGGGAGCAGGAAACGUGCGCUAUCACCCUCUUCGCUGAACAAGCUGCAAGCGAAAGUCCUCCGCGCGAAGCUGGUCGGUGCUCCCAAUGCGGAAGCAUUGGAGAAAGAGUACGAUCAGGAGUUGGCGCGUGCUCAUGGCGGAGAUGAGGGCGACGACAAUGUCAGGACGCGUGUUGAAGUCCUACCCACCUUGAAUAUCCACGGCGAGCUGUACGAUGUGGGACAAGGGGGCAAUGAUGCGCCGCCUCCCCCAGGUAAUCGUAGGCCUAAACUCAAGGUACGCAACUGUCGUCCGCCGAGUAUGUACGUCGAACAGCGAGAUCCCAAGACUGGCGAGAUGGUUAGAGUCGAUGCUGACGACGACGACAUCACCCUUGGGGAGAUGCUGCGACAAGAGAAGUUCGGCGCUGGUAUGGCUGACCAGAAGAAUCUCGAUGCGGAGUUCGCGCGUGCCGUCAUGACAGACAGCGGAUUCCAGAACAACUUGGACUACAUCGACGACAACGCCGACAAGCUCGCGAGGAAGAAGAUACGGGCAGACGCCAUGAAACGGCAGUUCGCCGUGAAUGAUUACAAGAAGACGAUGAAGGUCCUCGCGUCAUGCCCAUUCUGCUAUGGAGACGACGACUCGCUACCGAAGGCACCCAUCGUCGCGAUGGGCACGCGCGCUUACCUCUCAUGCACGCUCAGCGAGGAGUUGGUGGAGGGCCACUGCAUCAUCGUUCCUAUAGCGCACCAUUUGUCUACCUUGGAAGGUGAUGACGACAUGUGGGAUGAAGUGAAGAACUUCAUGAAGUGCCUCAUGCGCAUGUUUGCCGAAGACGACAAGGGCGUUGUCUUCUACGAGACUGUCCUUACGAUCAAGGCGCAGAAGCACACAGUCAUCGAGUGCGUGCCUGUCCCUUGGGAGCAGUUCGAGUUGAUCCCCGGGUAUUUUAAGGAAUCGAUCUUGAUGUCCGAAACCGAGUGGUCACAACAUAAGAAGCUCAUCGACUUCUCGGCGCGACCAGGAGGGUUCCGACGCGCCAUGGUUCCGAAUCUACCCUACUUCAUGGUGCAGUUCGACUACAAGGGCGAGAAGGGUUACGGGCACGUUAUCGAAGGAACAAGCGAAGCGUCGGGCAAUGGGGAGGAAGACGUCGAUGACGGUGAGAAGGGUGGGGGAGAGUUUCCUCGAUGGUUUGCGGCGGAGAUCAUUGGCAAUGUGCUAGACAUCGAGCCGCGUCGGUGGCGGAGACCGCACCGGAUCGACCUUUGGCAAAACAAGGAUAGGGUGAAGAAAUUCAAGGCCAAAUACGACAAGUUCGAUUGGACAGGUAUGAUCGAAAGGUCGUGA